AGAGCAUACACACACUGUACGUUGAUGUAUCGGAGCAGUGUCCAUUGCCCAUGGGCCACAGGCGAGCAGAGUGGUACAGUUUUGGUCUUCACUCUUGAUUCCAAGUCUCCAACUUUUCUCCGGUCUUCAGUCAACCGGAACCUCGCUUGUAGAUCAAUGAUUCCCGGCCAUGAACAGUGCUUAGUGCUUUCUGCCACUGAUCCGGCACUAUAAAAGAACCCCUCCUCCCCCGUCGCUGCCAAGCUCAUCAUCACAUCUCGUGAGACGCUUGCCACUGAUCGAGUAGCCAAGUGUGUGUGCUGAAACCGAACGGAGGGACGGGCAUGGAGCACGCGACGGCGACGCUGGCGACGGAGCUGGACGGGCUGCUGGCCAUGGCGAGGGAGCUGGAGGCGCGGGUGGGCGCCGGCCAGGGCGUGCCGGGUGCCGCGAGGGAGCUCUGCGCCGCGCUGGCCGCGUCCAUCGACCGGGCCGUGCGCCUCGCCGGCAGUGGCGGCAAUGCCGGCGGCAGAGCGAGCGUGAACGGCAAGCUCAGGAGCGGCAGGAAGGCGGCGCUGGCGAAGGUGCGGACGGAGGUGCGCGUGGCGUCGAUGCAGGACCUGGGGCCGCUCGACGACGGGAUGAUCUGGCGGAAGUACGGCCAGAAGUACGGCCAGAAGGCCAGAAGGCACACGCAGGGCUGCGCCGCCACCAAGCAGGUGCAGCGCGCGACGGCCGACCCGCUGCUCUUCGACGUCGUGUACCUCGGCGCGCACACCUGCGCCCAGGCCGCCGCGAUCCUGACCGGCCCGGAACACCAGCCGCCGCCUGCUGCCUUCGGCCAGGAGCAGCAGAGCCCGCCGGAAGGGGUUCAGUGGCCGGCAGAGCCCGUGAGUCCGUUUUGCUUGCCCUCCUCGCCGGCGAGCUCCUGGUGCCAGCUUACCGGGAGCUACGGCUACGCGGCAGCGGGCGGCGGCCUCGGAGUUGACAUGGAGCUAGAAGGUCAACUCGACGAGCUGUUCUUGGACCUGUCAGGGAUUUUGUAACCGUAGUACAAGAAUGCGAACUCAGCUAUCACUUCGUGGCCCUCUUCUGUUUAUGGAACUGAAAACUCCAUUAUUA